GAUGGGAGGAGGGAUAACUUUUAACUUCUCCUUUUCACAGUCAGAUAAAAAAUUCUGAGAAGGAAUAUUAAGUUUGCUUUGGAUGGGUAUAAUAUUUUUCAAAGCAAAAUAAUAGACUUUAGUUUCAAUUGUAGAAACUGUGAUUUCCGACAAUGGAAAGACUGAUUUUGACAACAAUGCUAGUUAUAUCAGGUGUCUCGAGUGACGAGAUCCUGAAGCACCAGUGUGCUCUAAGAGGGACGUCAGUGGUUUUAAAGUGCAAGUACAACAAUAUUCCUGGGUUGAGCGUCCUUUCCAUCAACUGGUACAAAAUCCAAAAAGUGGCAGACAAGUUAAAGUAUUUUCUCCUAUCAGAACUUCCCUCACCCACCAACCACGUUGAGUACAUGUUUGACCAUCAGAAUGGCUGUAGUCUUAGAAUUAAUGAUGUGCAAUUCGGUGAUGAAGGAGAAUAUGCUGUUGGUUUCGUAACAACACAUAAAGAAAUUAAAGGUCACGUGCACACUUUUUUGUCUGUGAAAGAACUGACAGCUGUGGUGCACCCACACCAAGUGGAUGAGGGGGACACCGUGAGGCUGACCUGUGUGUCAGGCUGUCCCGAACAGGCAGACAUUAUGUGGAUGAGAGAGGGGCUACCUGUUAACACCACGGUUUUCCAGGCCACCAAGAAGGAUGCUGGGAGAUAUUACUGUGCUGUGUACCAACAGGAUUCAGCCAGAUCGGCCUCUGUUGCUCUGACUGUUCUCUAUGCUCCUACAGGGGUGUUUCUGUCUGUGAGUCCGGCAGGAACCGUCAACGCAGGAAGCACUGUGACCUUUACCUGCAGCAGUGAUGCCAACCCUUCUGUUACUCAAACAGGCUACAGUCUGUUCAAAGACGGAAAACUCGUCCACUCUGGGCAGAACUUCAUCAUUUCAGACAUUCAUCCCAGCCAGACCGGCCAAUACCACUGCAUUGCCUGGAACGGCAUACGCUGGAGAGGCAGUAGCCUAGUAAAGUCAUUAGGGAUCCAUCUAGAGGUUCAGUACCCUCCCAUGAACAUUACAGUGUCAGUAAAUCCGGAGCGUGCUGUUGAAGGCAGCAGUAUAAACCUGACCUGUAGCUGUGAAGCUAACACUGCAGCAGACACCUACACCUGGUACAGGAGGACGCUCUCAGACAGCUCCAGCACUCCGGUCCAGGUCGGCUCGGGAAAGAUGUUGUCUCUCGUGUUCAUGAUGGAACUCCAUUCCGGUCUAUACUUUUGCAAUGUCAGAACCAGUUUCGGAGAAAACAACUCAACUGAAGUCCUGCUGGCCAUGCCAGAAAGCCCUCAUGACAGAAAUCUCCUCCCAAUCUUAGCUGGAACAGGAGUCUGUCUUUCUGCAGUGGUGCUGCUGAUGGGGCUGCUUUUGUUCAGGAAGACACGGAAAAGCACUUUAAGCCAAAAGACAGCAGUUGACCUCAGGCCUGGUGUGAGAAAGUCAAACUCUGAUCCCAAUGCUGUUUAUGCCAACAUUACCAUGCUACCCCUUUCUCCUCUGCUGCAGCUUCUCAGGGGGAUUCACAUCAAAAUGCUUCUACAUCGUACGAGGAUGAAGUUUCUUACUCCACACUAAACAUCAAAUGCAGACACCCGAAGUCUUCAGUCAGUGUUGAUGACAGCAGGGGAUCACAUGGCUCACGAUUCAAGGAAGAUAACUGUGUGGUUUAUGCCACAGUGGUCAAAACCAGCUAAGAUUCUCUUCUGCUGCAAGUAUUUUAAAAUGUUCAAAAAACACAUUAUACAUGCUAUAUUCAUUUAGGGGCAUUUAUUUUACAGUAGUUUUUAAACAAAAAGUAAAUACUAGUUGUUUAAGUUGUUUCCUUUGCUUUACCUUUUUUUGCCUUUCAAAAAAUAUGUAUUGAUGAUCAUAAAAAAAACACGUUUGUGUUUGAAAAAAAAAACAACAUUAUUGCCACAAGUUGUCAAAAAAUGUUAUUUAUUAACAAGUUUCAGUUUACAUUGUUUAUUUACUAUGUCCAUGUAAUAGCUACAAACAUACAUUGGCUGAUCUGCUAUCUAGCAGCAAGAAAAUAAAAUGUACAUAAAUCAAC